UUACUAGGUUCCUACGCUUUUAAUGGUGAAACGAUUGACCGUGGGACAUGAGCGAAACGAUUGUAAACUUUGACGUAAAUGUAAUAAAAGAGAGCUUUAUACUGCGUGAACAUUUACAUUUGUUUUCGUUUAAAGAUACUUGUAAACUUGUGAACAUUAUACAUAUCAAAUUUGAAUGUUUCAUAUACAUAAUGAGUUUUAAGAUAUUUUGUAAAGUUUCCUUGUUUUAUUAGGACAAGUUUUGCCAAAAUGUGAGUCAUGGCGACCUUGGAGUAUGUGCUUAUAAAGUCAUUAAAUAUUGCAUUCAAUUUAGAAAAAACUUUGCUUGUCAGUUGUCAUCCAUGUUUGUCGACACAUAGAGAAAUUAAUGGAAAGGCUUAGGUUUAAUCUAAAAGUAACAUGAAGCGGCCCGACUGUGGUGAAAAAGCCAUUAUAAAGUAAAUAUAGUUGCUAAGGUUUUCUAAAGUGUUUGUUGAUUGUAAUAAGCAUUCUUUUUUUCACGUGAAUAAAUAUUGAUUGCUUUAGUCCAGUCUGUACAGUUUAUUGACGAGUCACAUACUUUUAAAUAAAAAUGCUUGCACUAAAGUCACUUUGGACCGCUUUAUCGCUGUUUUAUGUAGUUGAAUCAUGUACAGAAUUUUUUAUAAAAACCAAAGAUAAAAACGUGCUUGUCGGACGUACUAUGGAAUUCGCGACCGAUUUAAAAUCUAAAGUUGUACUUAAGGCAAUAGGCACACAAGAGAAAAGUUCUUUGCCUCCUUCCUGUGGUCAAGCCUCUCCUUUGGAAUGGAGUUACAAAUAUAAUGUACUUUGCCUGAAUGCACUAAAGCAACCUGUAUGCACAGAUGGUGUUAACAGUGCAGGUUUAUCAGUUGGUGUACUGUAUCUGCCACAAUACACAGUGUAUGAUAAUGUUACACAACACGCUUGCUCUGACAUCUUGUCUAAUAUUCAAACUGCGAAUUUUAUCUUGGCAACAUACAAUUCCACCCAACAGCUUCGAAAUGACCUUAAUGGUAACAUUUUUUCAAAGGUCUUUGAUAUGGAGUUUCUUGGUGCGUAUUAUCCACUUCACUACACUGUAACAGAUUCUAGUGGAGAUGCGUUAGUGUUGGAAUACACUAAGGAUGGAAGAAAAGCUCAUGAUAAUACGAUUGGCGUUACAACAAACUCACCUCCGUAUGAUUUUCACAUAAUGAAUAUCAAAAACUACGUAACGUUAUCGAAGUUUUCUUCAAAGAAUCUAAGAUUUGGUGAUGUUGUGUUUACUCCAGCGGGUAUUGGCAGUGGAUUACUUGGUGUACCAGGAGAUUUUACACCUCCUUCAAGAUUUAUUCGCAUGGCUUCUCUCCUGCAUUUCUCAAACCAACCAAACACAACAGAUGAAGCGCUUAAGCUGACUUAUCACUUGUUGAACACUGUUGAUAUUCCAAAGGGUGCUGCGCAGGUUGAAGUAGAACCGGAAGAAGGUCAUUAUGAUUACACACAGUGGGUUGUGAUGAAAGAUUUAAAGAACCAAGUUAUUUACCUCCGUUUUUAUGACGACUUUACGUUUAAAACAUUUGAUUUAAAGACAAUGAAGCCAUUGACAUCUGGGGUUGUUUCGUGCUUCCAAUCUUCGUUAACUCGGAUUUUUAUUGUGUUUUUUCUUGUGAUUGCUUUGUUCUGAAAUUUCAGUAAAUAUGAUUGUUAUACGUUGUUUCUGCUCGUGCGUCUUAGUCUUUUUAUUGCAUUUGCUGUGAUUGUUGUAGUGUGCAAACAUUUAUCGUAGAACAGGUGUUUUUCAGUUUAGCUUGCACAUUUUUUUGAUUUUAAAAACAAUUUUUCUACCAAUAGAUAAACUACUAAAAUACGGACUUUCCAUGCUUGCAUGUUUACGGCGCUUUUCAUGCACGAAACAGAAUUUACGUUUUUUACGUACUUACGUCCCCCCCUACCUUUACAGUUACAGCUUUCAACAAAUGAACAAAUGAAAGGAGAACUAGUUAUUACUUGUCGAGCUGGUAAUUUGCCCAACUGGUAACUUGUCCAACUGGUAACUUGUCCAACUGGUAACUUGUCCAACUGGAAACUUGUCCAACUGGUAACUUUUCCCACUGGAAACUUGUCCAACUGGUAACUUUUCCAACUGGUAACUUAUCCAACUGGUAACUUGUUCAACUGGUAACUUGUCCAACUGGUGACUUAUCCAACUGGUAACUUGUCCAACUGGUAGUCUCCAUCAAACAAGCAGACAAACAACUGUUGUUAUGGGUAAACAAGUACAAAGAAAAAAAUAGUUCAGCAAAAAAAAAUAUCAAUGUCACAUUCAUCUUCAUCCUAAGGUAUGGUCGGUUCAAUGUUUGUCAAGCUACGUCUUAAUUCAUUGGGGAAUUUAAAAACACAAGGACUUGUAAAAUAUUGUACUAAUACAAUAAUAACCGAUUACCCCGGGCUGUACCGCAAAAUGUCGCCCGAGGUCUACGACUGAGGACAAUAUUUGUAUAAGAAUUUCAGUUUGCUGUUCUUAUCUAUAUAAUAAUACGCUUGUGUGAGUAACCAUGCGAAUCCACGACACGCAAAGUACGGGUCACUUUCUUACGAGGUGGCGUUACGCUAAAAUUUACCAAGUUAUAAAAAACGCGAAUCAGGGAGUUACUAUUUAAAUAUUUAAUUUAAACUUUAAAAAUUUAUACUUUAAAAAAGAAAACUUUUUUUCUUUAUUUUAUUAAAACUAAUUUUUAUUUUAUUUUUAAAUGUUCCUAUUUGUUUUUUUGUUGUUUUUUUUGUUUCAAAAGCCCCGUUGGUCGGUAUAGAUAGAAAAAUUUAUUUUACCCCGGUUUACCAUAUGCACCGUAUCUCCCUGAAUACAAGUUGUUCAUCAAUUGAAGAGAAGAAAAUCGAAGCGAAGAAGGUUGUCUCUUUUUCAAAGUAUCCUAAAAACUCAUCAUAAGGUUAGCUUAAAGCUUUAUUUAUUUUCUAUAUUUUUCAUUUUUGUGCUCUGGGACCGAGGUUGCUUCCUUUCAUAGAAAAUCUAUGGAAUUCGAAUAUGAAUGUAAUUCAAAUCUAAACUGUAAAAAACAAACUGAUGUUGUCGAACGAAG